AACUUUUAACAUUAUUCAUGCAUUUUUUCUUUCCCCUCUGUCCAGGAAUAUCAAUUCUAAUGAUUCUCGGAUCUCCUAUAAGGAGGAAUCAGUAUUUUCGUUUGAAGAAGAAACGUUUGAGAGAUCUCUGAGGAAUAUGAAUUCUAAUGAUUCUCGGAUCUCCUAUAAGGAGGAAUCAGUAUUUUCGUUUGAAGAAGAAACGUUUGAGAGAUCUCUGAGUGCUGGUAGUGUCCAGUGUUCAUUUGAUUACAUAAACGCGUCUCAAAUCUCGGAGUAUUCUGAGUUUUUACGCUUCUUUGACAUGGAGUAUUCCUGGGAUUGUGGAAACCAACAUUCUGCCGGUGAACUCUUCCAAAUCUCACAGUCGUCUCAACAAAUGCUUCAAUCUUGCUCAACUGCAGUUCCAGAUAGCACAAAUGAAAGCAUCUAUGACGUGAAGAGAAAGCGUAACAUUUUGAAAGAAAAACUCAUCAAGUGGAAAAUCAUGAAAGAAAGCCAAGUCAAACCUUCCCAACCUUCAAAUGUGCCACGCGUCACUAGAGUUGUCGAUGGGGAAAACCUUGUUGAAGUUUGCAAGUCAAAAGGUGUGACAUACUACUAUAUCGAAAAUGGCUUGAUUGGCGAAGGUGGAUUUGGUGGAGUUUUCAAGGGUUAUGCCAUAAAAGGAACCGAAAAAACACCGGUCGCCCUGAAAUUUGUAAAAUAUAAAACGGUUCGUGAGUAUCGCAAGGAUAAAGACCUCGGUGAUGUACCAAGUGAAGUGUAUUUCCUGAAGAAGAUGAAAGAUCAUCCAAAUGUCAUCAAGUUCUAUCAUUAUCAGUCUUUAUCAUCUGAGGAAUUUGUGAUCAUUUGCGAAAGACCGACUCAUUGCGAAGAUCUCCGAAGCCUCAUGUGGGACGUAGGAGGUUUCUUCACCGAGGAUGAAACUCAACAAUGCAUGAAGAAGUUGGUCAACGUUGUAUUGGCGAUGUCCAAGAAGAACAUCGUUCAUCGUGAUCUGAAAUUGGAGAACAUCCUUUAUGAUUUCGAUACUGGUGAAAUCAAGUUGCUUGAUUUUGGAUUUGCGGGCUAUAAUAAACCUGGCAACCUAGUUGACGCAUUCUGUGGCACUCCAUACAAUAUGCCUCCGGAAUAUAUUCUGCAUGAAUUGUAUGAUCCUUGCAAGGAAGCUGUGCGGUCUAUUGGAGUCAUGAUAUAUGAAAUGUUGCACGGCGAACCACCUUUUACGGAUUACACAACAUUUGCAGAUGUUAUCUCAGGACCGCCAAAACUGGAUGAUUUAUCUGAAGAUUUGCAAGACCUAAUGAGAAAAUUAUUUAGCAUGGACCCAGCGGCCCGACCAAGUAUAAAAAAAGUUGCAAAGCACUCCUGGUUGCGAGUAAAGCGUUCAUUCACUGAACGACUGUCAUCCUUUUUCCGUCGUAUUUUCCACAGACGUCGUGGUUCGUACGACGUCUCUGCCGUGGUGAUGACAAAACAAACGUCAUCCCAGGCUCUUCACCAAUCACUUGGAAGCAAAUCACCAACAAUCAGUGGCCAGUCAUCUGUUGGCCAGUCAUCGAACCAAUCCCAGAUAAACAGUCAGGAAUUGUUGGAGACGUCUAUGGAAGAAAAUUACCAGGAAUGGCCGAUCACUGUCGAUGAGCCGGCCAGCCAUUGCGACCAGUAGUUACCAUUCUGAUGACAGGAUAUUCAGCUCCAGGUUUGUGGCUCCGGGUUCGCGAAAACGGAGCUGGAGUGGUUAGUUUUCAUACAAGCCGAUGUGGCC